GCCGCACUCGCGAACGCACCCGUGUCUCGUUAACCCAUGUCAUCGCGAUGGAUGUAUUACCUAGUGGGAACCUAUUUCGUGAGCUCCAGGAUGUCACCGACACAGGCUAUUUCGAGUGGAAACUGUCCCUAGAAGACUACUGGCAGCAGACAUGCUACGAAAUGGAGAGGUACCUCCGCGAGGAGCCUCGCGGCAAACGCCGCUCCGAAGAGGAGUGGGCGAGGUCCCCCGUCUCCCCCCCUUCGCCCCCUCCGCUGUUCGUGGCCGCGGUGAAGAGCGAGCCGCCCAGCGACACAGAGGAGAAAGGUCCGCCACCCCUCGAGGAGAUCCGAGGUUGGACUCUGGCCUCCCCGCUGCCACCACUUCUCUUCCCACUUCCCGAGAAAUGCGAGCCACUAAGUGACACGGAGGACUCGAAAGGCACAAUACAACCUGACUGGGCGGUGGCAUCACCGUCACCUACACCACCAGCGCUGUUCACCGUCACUGCCAUCAAGGACGAACCUCCCAGCGAUUCGGACGAGCCUAGAGGUUCGAUAUCCCGGAAAAGCAGUUGGGGCAAAAAAGACUGGACGUUAUCUGCGUCGCCGCCGCGGCCCGCGCUGUUCACCGCAAGCGUCAAGGAGGAGCCUAGUGACUCGGACGAGGCCAAAGGUUCGCUCCGGAAAACCGGAUGGGCGGAUUGGACGAUAUCGCCGUCGCCGAUUCGGCCCGCUCUGUUCACGGCGCCCGCUGCGAAGGACGAGCCAAUCAGCGACUCGGAUGAAGCUAGAGAGCCGAGCCCACCCCGCCGACACGCGCCCCGCCACCACUCGCACGCCGACCCGCGCCGCCGCGUCCACCGCUGCGAGUUCCCCGCCUGCGACAAGGUGUACACGAAGAGUUCACAUCUGAAGGCCCACAAACGGACACAUACAGGUGAAAAACCCUACAAGUGCUCAUGGGACGGCUGCGAAUGGCGCUUCGCGCGCUCCGACGAGCUGACCCGGCACUACCGCAAGCACACGGGCGCCAAACCCUUUCGGUGCCGCCACUGCGAGCGCUGCUUCAGCCGCUCCGACCACCUCGCGCUGCACGCCAAGCGACACGCGUAGCCCGUCAACAACAAGCCAAUCAGGACGCAGGACACGCAGGUAGCUCCACGCUGAUUGGCCGAGCGGGCAAGCCGAGCCGAGCGCGGAAUUGAUCGCGGGCCGAACCAAAGAUUGCUACGCUGUUAGUCACUCAGAUUAUGCUUUAAAUUUUUUUCGUUUUUGUAAUCUCUUUCGGCUUGGUUGCCGGUUAGCUUAUGCCGCCAAGCGGCGAGUGCCAUCAUUGGGCGGGGG